AUGUAUCGAGUUUUUUGCAGGCGAUCAUCAUUUAAUCUUAAUAUUUCAAGAUAUUAUUAUUUGACAAAGAAAAAUGAGUUAAAAGAUCACCUUAUGAAAUCGAUUAGGGCAACAGGACCUAUAUCAAUUGCGCAAUAUAUGAAAGAGGUGUUGACAAGUUCUCUUAGUGGUUACUAUAUGGUGGGUGAUGUAUUUGGCAGACAAGGAGAUUUU